AUGUCUCAGGGUACUCUUUACGCUGACCAAAAGAUCCGUGGUGUCAUUCCAAAGGCCAUCAUCAAAGCUUACAACUUGGAUGUUAAGGUUGCUGAGCCAGAUGCUGCUUUUGAGAAGACCUUCCCACUCAAGAAGAUCCCAGCUUUCGUUGGUCCAAAGGGCCUUAAGUUGACUGAGGUCAUUGCUGUUUCUCUUUACCUCCUCAACAUUACCAGCCCAGACACCAAGUUAUUGGGUAAGAACGCCACCGAAUACGCUCAGGUUUUGAGAUGGUUGUCCUUCUCGAACUCAGAGAUCCUUCCAGUGUCCGUCAAUGUUUUCGGUCCAUUGAUUGGAAGAUCCCCAUACAACAAGAAGCAGGUUGACGAAGCUCUGGCUACCCUCAAGAAGAUCAACCAGGUUGUUGAGGACAGAUUGACCAACUACACUUACUUGGUUGGUGAGAGACUCACCUUGGCUGAUUACUUUGUUGCUUCUCAGUAUGUCAGAGGAUUCAACUACUUGUUCGGCUCCCAGUGGAGAAAGGAAUUUCCAGCCAUCACCAGAUGGUUCAAGACUGUCAUCUCUCAGCCAUUCUUGAAGGAUGUUCUUGGUGAGGUUGAGUUCAUCGAGAAGCCAGUUGAGUACACUCCACCAAAGAAGGAGAAGAAGGCUGCUGAGAAGAAGGAGGCCGCUCCAGCUGCUAAGAAGGAGGCCGCUCCAGCUGCUGAGCCAGCUCAAGCUCCAAAGCCAAAGCACCCAUUGGAGGCUUUGGGCAAGCCAACCACUCCUCUUGACGAAUGGAAGAGAACCUACUCCAACGAGAAGACCAAUGAGGUUGCCAUCCCAUUUUUCUGGAACAAGUUCUACAACCCUGAAGAAUGGUCUUUGUGGAAGGUUGACUACAAAUACAACGACGAGUUGACCUUGACUUUCAUGUCCAACAACUUGGUUGGUGGUUUCUUCGCCAGAUUGUCUGCUUCGACCAAAUACUUGUUCGGUUCCAUGGUUGUCUACGGUGAGAACAACAACAAUGGUAUCACUGGUUUCUUCUUGGUCAGAGGCCAGGAGCACGAGCCUGCCUUCGAUGUUGCCCCAGACUGGGAGUCCUACUCUUUCACCAAGUUGGACCACUCCAAGGCUGAGGACAAGGCUUUCGUUGAGAACAUGUUGACCUGGGACCACCCAGUCGAGGUCAACGGCGAGAAGAAGGAAAUCGCCGACGGUAAGGUCUUCAAGUAA